AUGAAUACGAUUCUUGAUCUCUUAGAGGCUUAUAAAUGGACGAGAGAUCUUAAUGUUCAUCGUAAUGUUACAUUUCGUACUUUUAUGGUAAUAGGUUAUGCUGUUGCUGGCAAACCAGAUGUUGCACUCCAACUGCUUGCUAGAACGUGCUUCCAAGGUCAUGAUGCGGAUGCUUUCUCUUAUCAUGUGCUUCUCAAUUCUUUGAUUGAACACAGUUUUCUUGAGGCUUUUGAGGUUGUCUAUAAGCUGAUCUCGUCGAGGGGUUUUGGGAAUGCUGUUACCCGGUUUUUGAAGGUUAAGUAUUUAUGUAAAGAGAAAUUGUUGGAUGAGGGUAAGGGUAACUACUGUAGAAGCGGUGAUAGGUUUGGAUAUGCACAGGCUUUGAGUUUUCUAGUUGAUGGGUUUUGUCAAAAUGUUUCACUUGUUAAAGCGGGCAAGUUGAUUGAGGAAAUUAGCGAGUUGGGGGUGGUGCCAAUGGAGCCUGGUUGUGGAAUUUGGUUAACGAAUCUUGUUCAAGCUAGAGAUAUUGAUGCGGCUUUCCCAGUUCCGGAAGAGCAAGGGUCCUUAGAAGGGUGCGUUCCAGAUGUUUAUCAGUGUAAUUUCUUGCUUUUCAGGCUACUCAAGGAUAACCGUCUUGAGGAUGUUUAUGAUUUGCUGAUUGAGAUGAAGGAGAAUCAGCUUUCUACUAACACUUUUCUCCAUGAAUGCUGCAUUUUGCUUCUUUUGCAAAGCUGGAAUGAAAUACAUUUCUUCAAAUUGCUGGAGAUGCAACUGCCCCGUCAUGAAACCAACUCUAUGGUUUACAACUCCUUCAUUGAUGGAGAUGGGCAUGGCAAGAAACCUGAACUAGCCAGAGAAGUAUUUGAGAUGAUGCAGAGAAAUGGAAUCAAACCCAAUGUUUGCUCUCACGCUCUUACGUUGAAGGCUUAUCUGAGGAACGAAAGAAUUUCUGAUGCUCUAAAUUUCUUUAAAGCAAUGCAUGAUAGCAAGAUGGAUAGUAAGGAAAUGGUUCCAAGCAUGGAAUGUUAUGAUGCUGUUGUACAGUUGCUGUGCUCAACCAAAAAGCAUGAUAUUGUGCUAUACGAGGCUUGGGUUCGAUCUAGAAAUGUGCACAAUGAGACAUCUUCCGAUCUUCCAAACCCUGGCCUCCUAAAUGGUGCAUUUUCUGGUCAUCUUGAAGUGAGCGCUGAAUACUUGGAAGAGGAUAUGAAACCAAUCGAUGGACUUUUGGCCAUUUUAAGCAUGGAAGAAAAGAUCAGGCCAGGUGGGCUGUGGGUGGAGGACAUGCGGAGGAGCGAGGGGAAGGAUGUGGCAGUUAGUGAAGGAUGGGAUUUUCACAGUCAAUCAGCUUGUGCUCUCAUUGAUGAUAUUCAACAUCCAGGAUCUGAGAAUUUUGGUACCUUACUUUGGCAAGGUUUUGAUGUUGUUGAUCCUGAUUAG